AUGGCCUCUUCGGACAGCGAGGGGUGCAGCAUGUGCACCACUUACUAUUUUGCGAGGCCAGCCCAGAACCAGCAUGCGUUCACACCACAGCUCCGACCACGGCUAGUCACCCAGAUGCAGCAAUUUGACGCCUGGGGGAGACUGCAAGAGACCGUCGAUCUUUUCUCCGUCGGGUUUCUCACGUCAAGGCUGCGCAGAGACAUCCGCAGCUUCGUGACGGAGAACAACCCCCCUCCCAACCUCAUCAUGACCAGAGAGAUGAUCCGAUCGGCCCAGAACGGGGCACCAGGCAAGGAUGAGCCGGAGGCCGCUCUGGCCGGCGCCGCAGCUUGGGAAAUGCAUCGCUGCCGUGUGGCUGGGGCCUCCCAUGCCGCAAUCUUCUGGACGGAUGGUCGCUGCUGGAAAGCGAUACGGAACGGGGAAGGCAUGUACAGCAUUACGGAGGAUUCGGCCACUGAGACCCGAUGGUCGUGGACCAGGAGCACACAAGACAGCAGAGAGUUGGAACUGAAGGCGGCCAACACUGCUCCUGCUCUAGCGCUCUUGACUCCGGGCAGCCCGGGUACACUGCGCGUGCUCUAG